AUGCUGAACCUGUCGCUUGGCAAGAAAACGGCCAAGGAUAUUUCUAAAUCAGAAGACGAGGAGGGGGAGGACGAAGACGCUAUCGAUAAGACGAAAAAUAGUAAGGAGCCAAAAAAGCCAUAUGCGUUGCAGCGUCCUCCCAAUACAGCGUUGCGUCAACAGCGACUGAAGGCUUGGCACCCCAUUCUCUCUCAUUCUACCGUUCUCCCCCUGUUCUUCGGGCUGGGGAUCUUCUUCGCUGUGCUUGGUGGUGUCAUGUAUUCGGCGUCACUGCAUGUCAAUGAAAUGACAAUUCAAUACUCCAAAUGCCAGACGGAGGCACCUCGGGAUGGCUCAUUCGCUGUACUGCCUCCUAAAUACUACAGUUAUCACUUCAAAGACCAGAACAAGAUUCCCGAAGACCAGCGUCCUCAAUGGACCGUAGCAGAGAUUCCGCAUUUGCCGGGCCAUGAAAACAAUCCAGCACGGUUCCGAUGUACGCUGCACUUCACAGUCCCACAAGAUUUAGAGCCGGGCGUGUUUUUGUACUACAAACUGACGAACUUUUACCAAAACCAUCGCCGCUACAUGAAAAGCAUGGAUUUCCCUCAGCUUCUGGGCAACGUGCGCACAGCGAAAGAAUUGCAAGAUAGCACUUGCAAGCCUCUAGGGCAAGACCCAGUGACCGGCAAGGCUGUGUACCCUUGUGGCCUUGUGGCCAACAGUGUGUUCAACGAUACAUUUCAGUCCCCUCAGCUGUUGGGGCCAGAUCAGCAAGCCAUAUCGACGUACAAUAUGAGCGAAAAGAACAUUGUCUGGCCCGAUGAAUGGAAGCAUUAUAAGCCGACACAGAUGAAUGCUAGUGAUAUCGUUCCCCCGCCCUUUUGGCAAGGUGCAGAGGGGUCGCAGUUUGGUUACCCGACUGGCAGGUAUGAAGAGGGCAACAUUUUCGACCCGACGAAAAGCGAGCAUUUCCAGGUGUGGAUGCGCACCGCUGCUUUCCCGACGUUCCGCAAGCUGUACAUGCGUAACGACACGGCGGUCAUGACAGCAGGUCGCUACGCUAUUGAGAUUGAAGAUAACUAUCCAGUGGAGAUGUUCGGUGGGACCAAGUCCAUUAUUAUCAGCACGGCCUCCUGGGUUGGUGGACGGAGCUUCUUCAUUGGCGGCUCACAUAUUGGACUGGCAGCCCUUUGUUUCCUUAUGGGAAUCAUUUUAACGAUCAAGCAGAUUGUCCGUCCUCGCCGUGUUGGUGACUCGAGCUACUUGAGCUGGAACAACCCUCGUGCGCAGCGAUAA